CUGUCCGGACAGCGGAGUUCCUUUACCUGUCCGCACUUGCCGCUGUGGAGUCUCUGAGGGUGUUUUUUUUUUUUAUUUUUUGUUGUUCCUUCAGCUGACUCGGUUGCUCCGCUUCUGAACCCUGUGCUCUUGAAGAAAUGGACUUUUUAAAGUAGUUCAGACCGAGGAGUUCAGAGAAGAGCAGUGCAGCAAAUGGACUUAAAUCACUGAGCAGAAGAAAAGCCGAGUUUCAGCUGAAACCUGCUGCUUCUGGUUUCUUCAGAGCUCCCCACCUUCAGCUCAGAGGCGCAGACUGAGGUCUUGUGGAACAGGAAGUGUUUUAGUUCACUAUGGGGAGUAAGGAGCGAUAUCACUGGCAGACACAAAAUGUCAAAGUCAGCGGGGUGGACGACAUGGUCCUUCUCUCCAAGAUUAACGAAGAUGCCAUCACAGAUAACCUAAAGAAGCGAUACAUGGAUGACUACAUUUUUACGUACAUUGGUCCUGUGCUGAUCUCUGUUAACCCUUUCAAACAGUUGCCAUAUUUCACAGAUCGUGAAGUAGAACUCUAUCAAGGAGCCGCUCAGUAUGAGAAUCCUCCACAUAUCUAUGCUUUGGCUGACAACAUGUACCGCAACAUGAUGAUUGAUGCUGAAAACCAGUGUGUCAUCAUCAGUGGAGAGAGUGGAGCAGGAAAGACUGUGGCAGCAAAGUACAUCAUGAGCUAUAUUUCGAAAGUCUCGGGAGGUGGACCAAAAGUCCAGCAUGUGAAAGACAUCAUCCUUCAGUCUAACCCCCUGCUUGAAGCCUUUGGGAAUGCUAAAACCGUGCGCAACAACAACUCAAGUCGCUUUGGCAAAUACUUCGAGAUCCAGUUCAGCAGGGGGGGAGAGCCCGAUGGCGGAAAAAUCUCCAACUUCCUGUUGGAGAAAUCCAGGGUAGUGUCUCAAAACCACGGCGAGAGAAAUUUCCAUAUAUACUACCAGCUGUUAACAGGGGCUUCCAAAGAGCAGCGAGAGAACUUGGGGAUUACCACUCCAGAUUACUAUGUCUACAUGAACCAGUCAGGCACUUACACUGUGGAGGAUGUGGAUGACAAGAAGGAAUUCUCAGAAACUAUGAAUGCUAUGUCAGUCAUAGGUCUGUCUGUAGAAGAGAAGGACACUGUGCUGCAGAUUGUCGCUGGCAUCCUUCAUCUUGGUAACAUCACUUUCAGAGAGGAGGGAAACUACGCUGUGGUGGAGAGCGAAGACUUUCUCGCCUUCCCAUCCUAUCUGCUGGGUAUUGCUCAAGACGGCCUGAAGAAGAAACUGACGAGCCGUGUCAUGGACAGUAAAUGGGGGGGCAAGACUGAGAGCAUAUCUGUCACACUGAACACAGAGCAGGCCACUUUCACACGGGAUGCCCUUUCCAAAGCUCUUUACGCCCGACUCUUUGACUACCUCGUAGACGCGAUCAACAAAGCCAUGCAGAAGGACCAUGAGGAAUUCAACAUUGGUGUGCUGGACAUCUACGGCUUUGAAAUCUUCCAGCAAAAUGGAUUUGAGCAGUUCUGCAUAAACUUUGUGAACGAGAAGCUUCAGCAGAUUUUUAUUGAGCUCACCUUGAAGGCUGAGCAGGAAGAGUACGUACAAGAAGGAAUCAAAUGGACACCCAUUGAGUAUUUCAACAACAAAGUAGUGUGUGACUUAAUAGAGUCUAAAAUGAAUCCUGUGGGUAUUAUGAGCAUCUUGGAUGAUGUGUGCGCAACCAUGCAUGCCAAAGGUGAAGGUGCAGACCAGACCCUGCUUCAGAAACUUCAGGCUCAGAUCAGCACUCAUGAGCACUUUAAUAGCUGGAACAAGGGCUUUAUAGUGCAUCAUUAUGCAGGCAAGGUCUCAUAUAAUGUGAGUGGCUUUUGUGAGAGGAACAGAGAUGUGCUCUUCAAUGAUAUCAUAGAGCUGAUGCAAAGCAGUGAAUUUGGUUUUAUCCAAGACCUUUUCCCAGAGAAUCUGGAGGCUGAGAAAAAGGGCCGCCCCACAACAGCAGGUGCCAAGAUCAAGAAACAGGCUAAUACCCUGGUGCAGACGCUGAUGAAGUGCACCCCUCACUACAUUCGCUGCAUCAAACCCAACGAGACCAAGAAGUCACGUGACUGGGAGGAGAGCCGUGCGAAACACCAGGUGGAAUACCUGGGACUCAGGGAGAACAUCAGAGUACGCAGAGCUGGAUAUGCCUUCCGCCGUGUCUUCAAGAAGUUCUUGCAUAGGUAUGCAAUCCUGACCAAAGAGACAUGGCCGCAGUGGCGUGGAGAUGAAAAGCAGGGCGUCCUUCACCUGUUAAGGUCUGUCAACAUGGACUCAGACCAGUACCAGCUGGGCAAAAGCAAGAUCUUCAUCAAGGCCCCAGAAUCUUUGUUCCUUCUGGAAGAGAUGAGGGAGAGGAAGUAUAACGGGUAUGCUCGGGUCAUUCAGCAAGCCUGGCGCAAGCAUAUUGCUGUUCGCAAAUAUGUCCGCAUGCGAGAGGAGGCCUCUGACAUCCUGUUGAACAAGAAGGAACGGCGGAGGAACAGCCUAAACCGCAACUUCAUGGGCGACUACAUUGGCACUGACAAUCGUCCUGAGAUCCGUCAGUUUGUGGGCCGAAGAGAAAGGAUUGAGUUUGCUGACGUAGUACUCAAAUAUGAUCGUCGGUUUAAGACUGUCAAGCGUGACCUCAUCUUGACCUCCAAGUUCCUGUACUUGAUUGGCCGGGAAAAGGUGAAGCAGGGUCCUGACAAGGGGCAGAUUCGGGAGGUGCUCAAGCGACAGAUUCAGGUGGAGAAAAUUCAGUCUGUCUCUCUGAGCACUCUGCAGGAUGAUUUCUUCAUUCUGCACGAGGAGCAGUAUGACAGUGUACUGGAAUCUAUCUUUAAAACAGAGUUUCUGAGUCUGCUGUACAAACGCUAUGAGGAGAAGACACAAAGGAAGCUUCCACUAAAGUUCAACAACUUACUUGAAUUUAAGGUGAAGAAAGGAGGCUGGGGUCCAUUUGCUUCUUCUGGUUCUCGGCAGGUUCAGUUUCAGACUGGUCAGGGAGAAAGCGCAAUCCUUAAACCCAGCAGCAAGACACUUAUUGUUAGCAUUGGUCCAGGCCUUCCCAAGAAUUCACGACCCACUCGAAUCGACAAGCGGAAAAGCAGAUAUGUGGGAAAUUCGUCCCAGAACCCAGGGAGAUAUUCACGUGGCCCCUCCGUGGGCACAGGCAGAGGAGAGGUAAAACAGGGCUCUCAGAACUCUUCCAGAAGAUCUGUGCUCCGACAGCAGGCCAGCAUGGAUCAGCCUACCCUGCCCCGCUUCCAUGGGCCUCGCCCCAGCCAGAAGAAAAAUGAGCCCUACACUGAUAUGGGCUUCAUGAAUGUGCCUGAUCAGGGAGUGGCAGGACUUCAUCGACGACUUUCCAAAGAGGUCAAGCCUCUCCCUGGAGCAGGGCUGCCAAAGCCUGCCCCGAGGCCCAAACCCCGCGUCCCGCAGUGCCGUGCUCUGUAUGCGUAUGAUGCCCAGGACACUGAUGAACUCAGCUUUAAUGCAGAUGACAUCAUAGAUAUUGUAAAUGAAGAUCCCUCAGGUUGGUGGGUUGGUCGUCUGCGAGGAAGAGAAGGCAUGUUUCCAGGCAACUAUGUUGAGAAGAUUUAGAUCAGGUCACUAAUGGAAGAUGUGCUCAUCAUGAAUUAUCGAACAAGUGUAAUAGUACUAUGAACUUGGCUGAGCCUGUAAUCUAUAAAGAACAAGGGACAAAAGGAGGUACUUGACUCCCAUCUUUAGAAGGGGAUCGUUUUGACUUUCCUGAAAACAUUGUAUAUGACACUGAAGUUCAUUUUUUUUAACAAUCAUAGCAGAUUUCUACAGAUUUUUACACAGUGUAAUUCAAAAGUAAAGAGACGUUAUUCAAAUUGUUUUUAAAAACCUGAAUCAAGAAAUUCAUUGUAUUUUUAUUUUUCUUAAAUCCAUGUUUAUAUAAAUGUUUUAUAUGUGCAGAAAUGUAUGAUUAGUCAGAGUAUUUCCAUAAUGAGAAUUUCUCAUUUUUAAAGGCGCUGUAAUAAAUUCAAGCUUUUAUUUGGGUUUACACAUAACAACUAAAAUCAUUAUAGCGAAAAGCAAAUCAAAAAUAAAAAUAAAAAAUACUUAAGUGUUGUAUGAAUCGAAUGGGGAAAACUGAAUGAAACCUCAGCAAUAAAUUUAUAUAUAAAAAUAAAUAACAGCUAGUGCAGCCUGUGGCAUGUCAAGUCACAAGUCGUCAUGUUUGUGUGCCUGAAAUCGUGCUGCUACGUAGACAGUCCCAUGGGAGUUAUUUCUGCUCCUUUGUGUUGGAAAGAUCCACCUCUGUCCAAUGUAUCCAGUUGAAGUACAACGUAUCUGAGUAAGUUUGCUUUUGGAAACAUUCAUACUUUUAUUAAACCACUUCCUGUAUUGAAGAAACACUGCUAGCUUAGCUUCUGUGCAUGGACUGUGGGCAGUUAUGCUACCACAUGCUGUUGUGAAGAAUAGCUUUCUGAAUGUGGUAAAAUAAAAAAAAAAACCUUGUUAUGUCUGCCAUGUAUUUAAAUGGUGGCUUCUGAGGACUACUCACAAACGCAUAUUUCAUGGUUUCAUACCAAAAUAAAUGUUUGAAAGAGAACCAUCACAUGCAGUGACCUUUUAAAGACACUUUUAGAAGUGUUCACUCUUCAGAUUGUGCUCAAACUAAGCUCAGUUCUCUAUAAAGGACAAAGACACAAAACUUUAGAUGCCAGUGCUUCUUUUACAGUGUUUAUGAGGUGAGAGGACAGAGGCCCAGAAUGAAGCUGUGUAAAAUAUCAGGGCAUGGGUAUAAAUAUUUUAAAGGUCUUUGUUGUCCUCUGGGAUAUGGUGAAAUCCAUCUGUGAGAAGCACAAGGAAUCUCUCAUAUUGCUUAACUGUAGUCAUUAUUCUUUAAGAGCGCAUCUUCAAUAAACAAAUCUCAAUGUUGUAGAGGAGCACCAUGUGGACAAAUAAUAAAAGAGUAAGGUCUUCAUAAUGCCCCUAUAAGAUUGUUUAAAGGCAUUCCAUCACCACUGCAGGACUCUGUUUUACACUAGCUUGUGUAAAAAACGUUAGAAACUGGCGCAUAGGCCUGUAAAUUUAACCAUUUGUGUUUGGAUGUUAUAUUACCUUAGCAUUAGUUGUAAUAAAUGAUAAUACUGUCAUUUUAUGACAGUUUUUGCCACUGAUAUAAUAAUGUAAUAGCAUAACAAUAAUGAAAUUGUACAAAAAUCUAAAUCUAAAAAAAAUCUAAAAGCAGUGUGUAAGACUGAUGGAUGAGAACAUGCCAAGAUGCAUGAAAACUGUGAUUAAAAACCAGGGUUAUUCCACCAAAUAUUGCUAUCUAAACUCUUAGAACUUUAUGAAUAUGAACUUGAUUUCUUUGCAUUAUUUGAGUUCCGAAAGCUUAGCGGAUAAAACAAAACCCAUUGUUGACAUACCAUCAUGUUAAUGUGUUCUUAUUGCAAAAAAAAACCCCAUAAUAACCAAUAUCGAGCAAAAAUUAUGAGUUUAUGUCCACAUACUGUAUUGUAUGAAAAGUCUAUGGCAUAAUUAAUAUCAUUAAAGGCCUACUUGUA